AUGGCCGCCCCCAACCUGAACCCGUACACGGACGCGGAGAGCGGCUGGCUGGACUCGGUGAUCAGUCGAAUGGAGAGUUUGUACAACAAUCUCGACAAGAGCAUCUGCAACGUCCUCACCGGCGACGAAAUCUUGGCUGUGCUGGCGUUCGUUACAAAAAUCAUCAACCAGGAGGGGUCGUUGGUCGAAGUCGAGGUCCCAAUUAAAGUCAUCGGCGAUAUUCACGGCCAGUAUCAGGUGGGUUAGGCUUGAACGGUUAAGCUUGAGACUUAGCUAAUUUUGAUUUUUUAUUUGGCUUAAUAAGCUGAAGGUUAUUAGGCUUAGACUUAGGCUUAGAAGGCUUUAAAGCUUUAGUUUAUAGGCUUAAGGUUUAGGUUUAGGAUUUUAGGCUUACGCUGUUAGCUUGAAUUUUUAGGCUUAGAGUUUUAGGCUUAAAUUUUUAAAACAAAGUUUUAGGCUUAGAUGCUAAGGUCUCAGGCUUAGGUCUAAAAUCUUAGGCGUAGUGUAAUAUUAGUUUGCUUGGUUUUAUUAGGCUUAGGUUUAGUAUACUUAGGCUUAGAAGGUUUAGACUUCUAGGUGUAGGCUUAAGCUUGGUAUAGGCUUAGUACGUUUAGGCUGAAGCGGUCUAGGCUAAUGAAGUAGGAUCAGGCUUCUAGGCUUAGGUCUCUAGGCUUAGUCUUCUAGGCUUAACAUUCUAGGCUUAGGUGUCUAUGCUUAGGCUUCUAGGCCUAGGCUCCUAGGCUUAGGCUUCUAGGUUUAGGCUUCUAGGCUUAGGCUUCUAGGCUUAGUCUUCUAGACUUAGUUUUCUAGGCUUAGUCUUUUAGGCUUAGGAUCACUUUGUCAUUUCCAGGACAUGCACAAGCUGUUUGACAUGAUCGGCCGCGUUCCGGAGCAGCGUUUUUUGUUUUUGGGCGACUAUGUGGAUAGAGGACCCCAAAUGAUGGAAACGAUUGUCUAUUUGUUGGCAUUGAAGCUGCGUCAUCGUGAGCGGAUUUAUUUAUUGCGUGGUAAUCACGAAACUCCGGCUGUCAACCGUAUUUACGGGUUCUACGAGGAUUGCGCUCGGAAAUAUGGGUAGGAUUUGUAAUUUUUUUAUGCAAGAUUUUUGUAAUUAAAGUUUUUGCAAGUACGAAAAAUAAAAAAAACUUGUUUUAUUAGUUUUUUGAUCUUUUUUUGUUUUGUAAACAAAGUUAUUGCGCUUUUUUUAAAAGUUUGAAAGUGUAAAGAAAGUUUUUGCAAAAUUUAAAAAAAGUUUUAAAAUGCCAUUUUAAAUCAUUGUAAACAAAGUUAUUGCCAAAAAAUUAAUUUCUGCACCGUGCAGCGCCAUUUGUCUUCUUUGCACAGUGCGAAAGCGCGGUCCCGUCCGAUCUGGCAAGUUAAGCAACGGUGCGCUUGAUUAUAAAAAGUUCGAGGAACACUGGGUAGAAACAAGGUUUUUGUCAGUUUAUAGCAGGGCUAAUAUAAAUUUUGUCAUUUUUUUGAUUUGUAAAGAAAGUUUUUGCAAUUUUUUGUUUUGUAAAGGAAGUUUUUUCUAAAAAUGUCAUUUUUCAGCGUGGGAAUUUGGUGGGAGUUCCAAACAGUGUUCAACCGCCUCCCAAUGGCCGGCCUCAUCUCGAAGCGCAUUCUGUGCAUGCACGGUGGACUGUCGCCCGAACUGACUACACUCGACCAAAUUCGCAACAUUCCUCGACCGUGCGAGCCCCAAGAUCGUGGUAUGUUGAUCGAUCUGCUCUGGUCUGACCCCACGAACAAGGGCGACGGCUGGUUCUACUCCCCCCGAGGCAUUUCGUACGCGUUUGGCAAAGAAGUCAUGUCGGCGGCGUGCAAGAUCCUGGGCAUCGACAUGGUGAUCCGAGCUCAUCAAGUGGUACAAGACGGCUACGAAAUCAUGGUCGGAGGCAAGCUUAUCACCAUCUUCUCUGCUCCCAACUAUUGCGGACAGUUCAACAAUGCUGCUUCUGUGGUUUGCAUUGAUGCUGAUCUUCAGGUAGGGGUUUUUUGGGCAUUGGAUCGUUUGGAAAGAAAGUUCUUGCUAUUUUGUGGCUUGGAAAGAAAGGUCUUGCCGUUUUUCGAUUUGUAAAGAAAGUUCCUCUCAUUUUAGUCAUUUUUUCGAUCUUCCGAUAAUUUUUGCGGCUUUUCGUUAUAUUUUUUGAUUUUAUAUGGUGGAAAGAAAGUUUUUGCUAUUUUUCAUUUUGUAAACAAAGUUCUGGAAUUUUUUAAAUUUAAAAAAAUUUUAUUAAAAAUAUAAUUUUAGGUGUCAUUCCAACAACUCCGGGUUUCAGCUCCACCCACCUGCAACCGCCCCGCCCCACCAAUCGCCUGUGAUCCGGCCGCGCCCAAGAAUGGCCCACUGCCCACGUUCAAGAUUGAAAGAGUCGGCUCGGUGGAUCCGAAUGCCAAAGAGGGCGAGAGCAGUAGUGCCAGCGCCCCAAUAACCGACCCCAACAACAAUCAACCCAAAGAAUAG